AUUUUAAUGGAAGAGAACUGCUGCCACACUAACUUCUACGACGAGAUUUGCCACGAAGAACAGAAUUUAUUUGUUGGCCAAAUUAAAACGGGGCUAAAAAGUGCUGCAAAAGUCAGUACCCGGUUUUGGAAAAGAGGUUGACUUGACGCAAUCGAACGAUGGGCUCCAGCCACAGCAUCCAUGUUCCCGGCGGCGGCACUGAAGGCUACCACGUACUGAAGGUGCAGGACAACUCCCCUGGUCAAAAAGCAGGACUCGAGGCCUUCUUUGACUUUAUCGUUGCGAUUGCCGGGACACGUCUGGAUCAGGACAAUGAUAUGCUGAAGGAGCUACUGCGCCAGAACGUGGACAAGUCUGUCAGGCUCACCGUGUAUUCUAGCAAGACCCAGACGGUGCGCGAACUCACUCUAACACCUAGUAACAGCUGGGGCGGCCAGGGAUUGCUAGGCGUCAGCAUUAGGUUUUGCUCUUUCGAGGGUGCUAACGAAAGCGUCUGGCACAUCCUAGAAGUCCAUCCAAAUUCUCCCGCCGAGUUGGCUGGAUUGCGGGCCUACAGCGACUAUGUAAUUGGGGCAGAUGCCAUACGCCACGACAACGAUGACCUGUUUACCCUGAUCGAAACGCAUGAGCAGCAGCCGUUGAAGAUGUACGUCUACAAUCUGGAUGACGACGCUUGUCGCGAGGUUACCAUUAAACCGAAUACUGCCUGGGGAGGAGAAGGAGCUCUGGGCUGCGGCAUUGGCUUUGGAUAUCUGCAUCGGAUCCCAGUGCAGGCAGAUCCUGCUGCUGGUGGUUCGGCUACUGCGGCUGCUGCUGAGUCCUCUACUCCUCUACUGACUGCCGGAGGAGCGGGUCCAUCUAAUGCUCCGGUAGCAACUGCUGGAUCCGCCGUGGUCGCACCAACGUUGCCUUAUAUACCGCCGCUGGCUAACACUUUUGGAUCCACGAAUGCUGAGGUCAGACCACCAACCAUUGAACCUCCAGCACAGAGUCUGUUCAAGACCUAUUUCAAUCCGGAUGAGGGCACUGAUGCACUUACAGCAGCGCUGGAAACACAGGCAAACAUUUCUGAGCCCGCUCCAGUUCCGCCUGCAGUCGCUGACGUGUCAGUGGCGCAAGUUCAAGUUCCCGCACCAGCGCAACCCUUGCCGCCACCAGCUAACAUCUUUAUACCCGGAGUUUUUGAUCCCAGCGCGCAACAAAACGUUACUCUAGGUGGAAUACCCGCAGCUCAGUUGCCAUUCCCACAGGCCACGGCAGCGCCAGCGGCAGUGCCUAUGUUCUCUGCACCACAACAGGCUUACAUGUCGGCUCCGGCUGUUCUCUCCUAUCCAGCCGGCGCCCAAACAGUACCGUCGUAUCCACAGGUGCAACCCUCUAUGGGCGGACUGUUUCCCACACAGCCAACGCCGUUGCCGCCACAAAUGGCCCAUGUGUUUGCGCCACCAGUACCAUCGCAAGCACCGCCACCUGCUCCAGCGGCAGAAAACGAACCAUCUGGACCGGCAAUAAAUCAGGCCGGAAUCUAAGACUUCAACUGGGCUACUUGACCAACUGCUACACCUGGACAAAUUGUCGUUAAGCUUUUAUUUUCAAGAAUUAUUUUGUAUGAUUGCGUUACCAAGAAUCACAAAUAGCGCGAAAAUGUUACCAGAAACGUGCAAAAAUAUGUACAUUGAUUGCAUUCAUAAAAAUAAUCUAAACUAAUUAUAAUAAAUAAAUAAAAAUAUAUAUGUA